AUACAUCUCUUGUAAAUUAAGUCUCAAACCUUUUUUUCUUCCUUUCAACAAAUUAUUUGACCUUUCUUCUAAAAUGAAGUUUUGGAUUCUAUUGCCUUUUUUUUCAGGUGUUGAAACUUCGCUUUCUGGACCAAAGGAAGUGAGCAGCUGGACUGGGAAUUCAGUGAAUAUUACAUGUCAAUACAGUGAAAACUACACAGACGAUGUGAAGUACUGGUGUGGAAAACUGACCUCUUCAUGCAAUGUCUUGGUUAAAAGUGAUGGAUCUGUAAAAUCUUUGCAAGAUCAGAGAAUGUCCAUUAGUGACAACAAAAUGAAUAAGCAGUUCACUGUGUCAGUGAGAAACUUGAGGACAAGUGACUCUGGAUGGUACAAAUGUGGAAUAGAGAUGCAACGCCCACAUACAGAUGUGACUUAUCCAGUUCAUCUCACCGUCAGAGGUAAGAGGAAAGUUUCUCAGUGUUACCAUUCCAGGUCAUUAUCCUGAAUGUAUUUA